AUGGCAGAGGCGUCGACAUCUGCGGCAGCGGGCGCAAGUCAACAGCACAAGUCGCAUCGCAAAGGUCACAAGACUCGUGCUGACAAAGAUCGCAAUCGCCACGCCAAUGGGGGCAACUACAAUCCUCGCGCCUUCAUCUCCUCGAGCUCAGGCGCAGCACUCAAAGCUGGUCUUCGAAAAGCAGAGCUCGAUCAGAAGAGGCUACACGUACCACAGAUCAACAGAACAAACGACGAUGAAGCCCCGCCGGUCAUCAUUGCGAUUGCCGGGCCCCAAGGGGUGGGCAAGACGACCCUCAUGCGUUCUUUGAUCCGACGUUUCACAAAGCAUACAUUACGCGAUAUUCGAGGACCCGUCACCCUCGUCUCGGGCAAGAAGCGCCGCCUCACCUUCAUCGAGUGCGGCAACGACCUCAAUUCUAUGAUCGACGUGGGCAAGAUAGCAGAUCUCGUUCUGCUCAUGAUCGACGGCUCUUUCGGCUUCGAGAUGGAGACGAUGGAGUUCCUCAACGUCCUCCAGGCGCACGGCUUCCCAAAGGUACUUGGUGUACUCACCCACUUGGACCUCAUCAAGAAGUCGGCCACGCUCAGGGCGACUAAGAAGCGUUUGAAGAAUCGCUUCUGGACAGAGGUGUACGCAGGAGCGAAGCUGUUCUACCUCAGUGGGAUCAUCAAUGGAAGAUACCCGGAUAAUGAGAUCCUCAACCUGAGCAGAUUCAUCUCGGUCAUGAAGUAUCGCCCACUCACUUUUCGUAACGCACAUCCGUACGUCCUCGCCGAUCGCGUUGAGGACUUGACACCCAAGGAGGAUAUCCGCAGGGCGCCCAAGGCUGAGCGACGUAUCACCGUCUAUGGGUACCUGCGCGGCACCAACCUGAGAGCGAAUCAGCGCGUCCACAUCCCCGGUGUUGGAGACCUCAGCAUUGCCAGCAUCGAAGCUUUGCCGGAUCCAUGCCCAUUGCCUACCACCGAGUCAGAGAAGAGGCGCAGAUUGGACGAUAAACACAAGCUUCUUCAUGCACCCAUGUCCGACGUCGGCGGCGUCAUGUUCGACAAGGAUGCGGUGUACAUCAACGUCCCCGGCAAUUUCUCGCGUCAGCAGGACGGUGAGGGUGACGGAAAGCCGGUGGGCGAGGGAGAGGACAUGGUCAUGCAGCUGCAAGAUGCGCAAAAGCUGCUGGGUGGAGAUGGUGGCGAGAUGAGGUUGUUCGACGAUGCAGACCAGCCUUUGAGCGCGGCAGAUGUGGGGAGAAAGACGAGGAGGGAGAGAAAAGCUGCUUUCGGCGAAGAUGUGGAGGAGGCAGAGGAUGACGACGAUGAGGGCGAAGACGAUGACGAUGAUGAGAACGACAACGAUGAAGACGAAGACGAACCCGGUCCAUCACGCCGACGCUUAGAGGAUCUCGACCAGGAUGACGACAUCGACGCUCGCGAUGUUGCCUUUGCGGACAGCGAUUCGGAGAUGUUCUUGAGCGAGGGAGAAGAGGAUCAAGACGAUGAGGCUAGUGAGGCUGCCCCAUGGAAGCGCGGGCUGGCAGCGCGCGCACACGCUACCAUUCAGGCCAACCAGUCGCGACGCAAGACCGACCUCAUGAAGCUCAUCUACGACUCCGAUCUCACAGCACGCGAGGUAGCAGCAGGCAAGACGGAGAGCAACGUCGCGUCAUCGUCGAAGAUCCAGCUCGCGGCUGAUGAUGAAGGAGACGACGACUUCUUCCAGCUUGCGCAGCAGGAUACUGGAGGGGCUGCUGCAGACGACGUGGAUGACGACGACGAUGUCGUGCCGGAUCAGAGCGCUGGAAGGUGGUCACAAGAGAACCUCGAUCAGUGGAGUGAUGAACGUGCGCUCGAUUCUCUGCGCUACCUCUUCAUAACCGGAACUGAAGAGGGCGAAGAUGGCGAGCAGCCCAAAGCCGCUGCAGAGAAUGGUGAUGAGGACGAUGAAGACGCAGGCGAGGCGGUAGACCCGGCUGACGCCGAGGAGGAAGAGGACGCCGCAGCCGCUCGCGAGAAGGCUCUCGCUGCCAAAAAGGCCGCACUGAAGGCCAAAUUUGACGCGCAGUACGACGACGACGACGGCGAGGCAGGUGGGCAAGACUGGUACGACACCCAAAAAGCCGAGCUGGCCCGCCAGGCCGCAGCGAAUCGCGCCGAAUUCGAAUCGAGCGACGAGGCCACCCGUCAGGCUAUCGAGGGACAUCGCCCUGGCAGCUACCUCCGUGUCGAGUUCAGUGCCGUCCCCUCUGAGCUCAUCGAGCACUUCGACCCUCGCUACCCUCUGCUGGUUGGCGGGCUUCUCCCCUCCGAGGAGACCUUUGGCUUCGUACAAGCCCGAAUCAAGCGUCAUCGCUGGCAUCAUAAGAUCCUCAAGACAAAUGACCCACUCGUCCUCUCCGUCGGCUGGCGUCGCUUCCAAUCCAUCCCCAUCUACUCGCUCGACGAUGGUACGCGGAACAGGAUGCUCAAGUAUACUCCAGAGCACAUGCACUGCCUCGCCACCUUCUGGGCUCCGGCUGCCCGCCCUAAUACUGGGUUCUGUGCUUUCAACACGCUGCGCUCGACCGUCUCCUCAUUCCGCGUCUCGGCGACGGGCACGAUUCUCGAUGUAGACUCCGGCUCCGGGGCGCAUCGCAUCGUCAAGAAGCUCAAGCUUACCGGCUUCCCCGCAAAGGUAUUCAAGAACACGGCCUUUGUCAAGGAGAUGUUCUCGAGCUCGUUGGAGGUGGCCAAGUUCGAGGGAGCGCACAUCAAGACUGUCUCUGGUAUUCGAGGUCAAGUGAAGAAGGCCCUCGCCAAGCCCGAAGGAUGGUAUCGUGCCACGUUCGAGGACAAGGUCCUCAUGAGCGACAUCAUCUUCCUUAGAGCGUGGUAUAGCGUCCAUCCACGACGCUACUACAAUGCGGUCACUUCGCUGCUUUCACCAGUGGACCCGACGAGCACUACGGGUGAUCGAGCCUGGCAGGGUAUGCGUCUUACGGGCAAAGUACGCUACGAUGAAGGGAUCAAGACGCCUCGGCCCGUUAACUCCAUCUACAAGCCCAUCGACGAAUCCGUCCGUCCUGCCGAACGCAAGUUCAACAAGCUGCACAUCCCUCGCAAGCUGCAGGCAUCUCUCCCUUACGCCUCAAAGCCGAAACAGCUCAAGGCGCAGUCUCGCCCCACUUACCUCACCCAACGCGCGGUUGUGAUGGAGAAGCCAGAGCGCAAUGCCAUGAGUCUGCUGCAGCAGAUGCAGGCGGUGCAAAAGGAGCGAAGCAGGAAGCGCGAGGUCAAGAGGGGAGAGAAGAAGGAGGAGAGGAGGAAGAAGUUGGCUGUGGAAGAGGGGAAGAAGGACCUGAAGAGAAAGGCGGAGAGGAAGGAGCAUUUCGCCAAAGAGGGAAGGAAGGAGGCCAAGAGGGCGAAAGGUGGCGCCUUUUGGCCCUCGUAUCCCUCCUUUGCCUCGUACCGAGCAGCCGUUUCGCACCUCUACUCGCUCCUCCAACACGGCAUAGACGAGGAUACUGCCCUCCUCGCUCUCGUUGAUGAGAUUGCCAACUCGCACUGGAACUACGUCGAUGCUCUCAAGGAGGGCACCGCUGCUCAGGGAAGGAUAGCAAACAAGGUCAAAGGCAAUAAGCCCAUCUUCAAGGGGGCGAGGGCGAAUGCACCCUCGUCUUCGCUGGUAGCCGCGCUUCACACUGCUACCAUCGAUCCAUUGGCUGCCAGUCAUGUGAGGACGGCAAAUGCGUUGACGAGGACCAUCCUCGAGCCGUUUGGACAGUGGAGCCAGAGGCACGCUGAGCAGGUGACGCAGAGUUGGAAGACGGUCGAGGAAUGGCUGGAUGCUUUGGAGGAGGGUCAGGAUGAGAUCGAUCGAAUCAAGUCUACUUACGAGGCCAAGUGCAGACAAGCAGACGAGGCAGAGGACGAUGCCCGAUUCUCUGGCCUCGACGUAGCAGCCUUUGACGAGGAGCAUGCCGCCUCUCAAGCUCGCGAAGAAUCCAGCAGCAGCGCUGUCCUCGAUGCGCCAUUCACAGAGAAGAUAUCACUCCCACCACCGCCAUCAGAGUCGGCCGACGAGACGGCUGCACCCAGCAGCGACGACCCAGUCAAGCUGGAGCGAAGGCAGACGCUUCGCAAGCAGUUUGGAUUCUCGCCGCGCAUCUCAUCUGGUGGCGCUCGCUCAGAUGCGGUCGCAUCCCCGGAAGAAGCUACAAGGCCAAGCAUCUCCCCAUCCUCAUCACGAGCAGCUGGCCUUUCAGCCCUCGCACCCGCAUUCCAGGGUAUCAAGGAGCGCAUCGCCUCAGCCGCAGGCGCAGGCGGUAUCGGGGAGAGGUACAAGCGCCUGCGUCGAGAAGCAGAUCGCCACGAGGCAGAGUAUCUGUCCAAGUCUCGCAAGCUGGACACGCUGCGCUGUCGUCUCGAGGACGCUCUCUCAGAGCAGCUUAUCCUGGUGCAAAAGUACGAGGUAGAGAGACUCAAUGCAGUCAAGACUAUGCUCUCUGCCUACUCAGCGGCAAUGGGCAGCUUGCAUCCCUCUUUGGCUGCUCGCACGCAAACGCUCGUCUCAGCGCAUGGCGACCCUGCUGCCCUCGUGGGCCGCCUUGUCGCAUCUGCUCGCACUGGGUUCUACCGCCCCCUGGUCGAAGUCUUCGUCCCCUUCUACCACGACGAGCCAUCCAUGUACGCUUCAGGCUGGGCGGGCUUCGGUACCAACUUGAAUGCACGAUGGCGCCAUGAGCUUCUCUCGAAGAGCAGUGCAGAAGGCAGCGUCGAUGCAUCUAGCGGCUCAGCAAGCUCGCCAGCUCCCGCGGCCCUUCCCGUCGUCUUCUCCCACCUCAUCGCCUCUCUAGAGCGCUCCUACACAGAGACUGACCGCUGGCCCACGACAUCCCCUGCGGACGCCGCCCUCGAGAAGCGCAAGACGUGGAUCUACGAUGUGCCCCUCUCCAAGUCGCACGCCUGUCGCCAAGCAAUCAUCGACCACGUCCUCGACUCAGCCCAUCCAGGCGCCGAGCUAGGCGCAGGCCUCCCUGCCGUGCUGGAUCGCUUUGAUCCUCCGACAAGGGCGAGCACGUUGAAAUUGUGGUUGGCCGAACUGCAGGAGUGCCUGGUCGGCGAGGAAAACUGGCACUUAGUCACGAGCCUGUACAAGGCGGCAGAUAGCGUUGAAGAGAAGUGGCGGCAGGAACGUGAAGUCAAGCGCGAAGGGAAGAAGAGCGCCGACGGCGCCAGGAGUGCAGAUGCGAGCCCGGCCGCAGCUGGUGGGACGCCCAAGACGGAUGCGUCAACAUCAUCGCCGGUCGAGCUGGACGACGACAUUCGCGCAACGAUCACACGCGGUGUACUGGACGACGUGAGCGUGGUCCUUUCGAAGCUCAGCACCAUCCACCUCGUAGUACUGGACAGUCUCAUCUCGCACCUGCGCAGCCUCAAGGCUUCGACGACGGAUGCCAACGACGUCGAGUCCGAGCAGAUCUACACGAACAAGCUGGCCCUCUCACUCGGUCGAUAUCUGCUACGCCCAGCAAAAGUGACUACGUCCACGCUUGCCAGCAAAGCGCCUACCCUGCUGCUCAUGGAUCUAAUACAGCAUUAUGAGCCCCUCGUACCUGCUGCGCUGACUAGGAAGAACAAGAAGGAAGAAGAGGCUGCGGUGCUUAAGCGUAGAACCCCGCUGAGGAAGAGGACGAAGCCUGUUGAUCAGAGGAUCAGGCGAAGUCAAAUGGGUGGUGCAGAUCACCCUCCUAUGCCCAUCGUGACGGCCGGACCGGCAUCGACUGCGGCGGCCGGGACGGCAGGGCAAUUUGAGCGACUCCAAUUGAAGGACGACGUUCCGCCCGUGCCUUCAAAGCUGGACACUAUCUUGGCGACCAGGAAGAGCGACGAGGCAAAUCUGACUGAUGAGCCCGAGGCGGUUACUCCGAUUGCGGAUCGCGUGCUCGCUUCGUCGGCUUCUACAACGACGGCAACUUCAUCGACUCUCGCUCCGCCCGCAAGCGCGGCGGAUGAGGACGCUGGUUCAGCUACUGCUUCGUCGAACCCCGGCUCAGACUACGGCACGCCGAAGGAGGAGGUCACGAGGACCCUUUCCCCCGGAACCGUGAGCGAGCAGCCUGCUCCUCUUGCUGCUGCUGCUGCUGCUGCUGCCGCCAAGCAGUCGGAACAGGAGCGGCUGCCGCAUCCGACGAUGGUAUGCCGCUGA